GUUUCUGGUUUCCGACCUGAGUACAGCUCAGUGUUUCUAGCGACACUCGGCGCGGUGGGUGUUUAAGAGACUGUUAAACUUGUGUAUUCCUUUGUGAAUACGUUCAGUGAAAAGAAGCAGUGUUAUUAAGUGAAACGCACACGUUCGAUUUUCCUUUGGAUUUUAAUUCAACUCUAGAAUAAAAAUGGCCACUUCAGUCCUCCAACCCGAAGAUUGCCGAAGGGAGCACGAACCAAAGCCAGACAUCAUCGAAUCACCGCGGCUGACUGAUGAUGAACGCGUACACAUUCUGGAAGCGAAGGAACGAGAGACCGGUGAACUGCCGCCUGAGCUUCGGGAAAAAGCCAGGAUCGAACUUAGAGAAGAUCCAAUUUUGAGAGAAGAAGCUUUGAAUCAAAUGAGACAUUUUAUUGAGAAGCAUCCUGCGAUUAAAAAAUGCCGUCAAGAUGCACCAUUCUUGUUGCGUUUCCUGCGUACAAAGAAAUACUCUAUACCCCAGGCCUGCUCGAUGCUGGAACGGUACCUGACCAUACGACAAAUGUACCCGCAAUGGUUCCAGAAACUGGAUCCUCUUGACCCGAAGAUAGCUGCAGUUAUAGACGCCGGGUAUCUAGUGCCAUUGCCGAAGAGAGACGCCGAGGGGAGAAGAGUGGUUCUGUCCUGUAUGGGUCGCUUCGAUCCUCACUUAUACGACAGUUGUGUAAUGGCCAGAGUUCACUCAAUGAUUGUGGAACACCUCCUCGACGAGCCACGCUCCCAACUGCUCGGCUACACUCACGUUAAUGACGAAGCCGGCAUGCAAAUGCCUCACAUUAGUCUUUGGUCUCUCACCGAUGUCAGGAUAAUGCUUAAUUGCAUUCAGAACUCAACACCGAUGAGACAUAAGAGGACACAUUUUGUGAACAUACCGCAUUAUGGAGUCAGAUUUUUCGAAUUUGCAGUUUCGUUGUUGAGUGAUAAACUGAAAGACCGUGUUAUGUUCCAUCGUACGAGUAGUGACCUAACAAAAUACGUUGACCCUGCCAUUUUGCCAAAAGAAUAUGGCGGUACAGUCCCACUAAAAGAUAUGAUUGAAGAACUGAAACGUAAUUUAUUGAAGCAAAGACAGGAGCUACUGGCCUUGGAUGACAUGUGCAUCGAUUUGUAUGCACUAGAAAAAAAUGAUUUGACACAAGACAUUCAUUCAACCGCCGGAUCGUUCCGUAAACUUGAAUUGGAUUAAAUAUCGGAUUAACAUAAUUACUUACUAUUGUUUUAAAUAUUUUACUUUAUCUUUACAGUUCUGUGAUAGAAUACAGUUUCGUAGUAAUUUUUUGGGAAUACGUUGUUAUGUUCAUGACAAUUUCUUGUAAGUUAAUGUUUAAGGAUCACUAAUAAUCCUAAUCUCUUUAAAAUAAGAUUACUUUUACAAUAAUUCGUUAUUUUUUUUAAAUCCAGAUCUCGUUUUAUAUGUAACUACAUGAAAGUUAUAAUUAAUUUAGAUAUGAAUAGUAGUUAAGUGGCUUAUUCUGGCUACAUUUUGGUGUGACUCGCAAAAUUUUGAAUUAAAUGCGAUUAGAACAUUAAUUGUUUAACAUUUGUUAGGAAUACUAGCACGCCAUCUGUCAUACGUAAAUGGUAUCUUGCCAGAAACCUCUGCAUUGCUAAAUAUGCAAUUAACUUACAUAACUUUUAUUUUGUCGGAUUAAUAACGCACAAAUGUAUAGAAAAUUGAACAAAAAAACAAACUAGACCAUAUUGUUUUAAUACUUAACUAGAAAAAUAGGUGAAAUUACGUAUGACUUCUGAUUUAAUACCUAUUUUCUUUUUCACGCUUUCUUUUUACUAUACAGUGUAGUGUAGUGACUGGUGACAGCCGUCGGUGGUGUCACGUUACCAAUAAAUUAAAAUGGCAAUCUGAAGAAGAAAAGAAAACUACAUCACUAUUACUAAUAUUCCGGUAUAAAUAAUUAUGUUACUAGUUUAAAUUUCAAUCAGCUAAUAUGACGAUAAUUAAAGAAAAUCCCUAGAAAAAUCUAAUGUAGGAAUAAUUGUUACACUGCUGUCUGGUAAUUUAAUUUAAGCCUAGUUUUAGUUCCAUAUUAUACUGUUCAAAUA